AUGGCGACUUCGAGCGGCAAGACCUCGACCCCGACGCCCCCGGCCUCCAAGAGGCCGCUUCCGAGAGAGCCCUCGUCGGAGGUCCCGAGCAAGAAAAAGAGUUCGGCGGCGCCGCCCCUGUCGUUGUCCGGACAUUUUGUGGAAGGCUCCAUCGUCCGCAUCUUGAUGGAGAACUUCCUAACAUAUGAUAUCUGUGAAGUGUGCCCUGGACCCCACUUGAAUAUGAUUAUUGGAGCUAAUGGAACAGGAAAGUCCAGCAUUGUGUGUGCCAUUUGCCUCGGAUUAGCAGGCAAACCUGCUUUCAUGGGACGGGCUGAUAAGGUUGGCUUUUUUGUGAAGAGAGGCUGUUCCAAAGGCAUGGUUGAAAUUGAAUUGUUCAGGAGUUCUGGAAAUCUUAUUAUUACUCGUGAGAUUGAUGUGGCAAAAAAUCAGUCCUUUUGGUUCAUCAACAAAAAAUCAACAACCCAGAAAGUAGUAGAAGAGCAAGUUGCAGCCUUAAAUAUUCAAGUGGGCAAUCUUUGCCAGUUUCUACCUCAGGAUAAAGUUGGAGAAUUUGCAAAACUCAGUAAAAUUGAACUACUUGAAGCUACUGAGAAGUCGAUUGGUCCUCCAGAAAUGCAUCAAUAUCACUGUGAACUCAAAAACUUCAGGGAAAAAGAAAAACAACUAGAGACCUCAUGCAAAGAGAAAACAGAAUAUCUAGAGAAAAUGGUUCAGAGGAAUGAAAGAUAUAAACAAGAUGUGGAGAGGUUCUAUGAACGUAAACGACAUUUAGAUUUGAUUGAAAUGCUUGAAGCUAAAAGGCCAUGGGUGGAAUAUGAAAAUGUUCGUCAGGAAUAUGAAGAAGUAAAAUCAGCUCGUGACAGAGUAAAGGAUGAAGUAAGAAAACUUAAAGAUGGGCAGAUUCCUAUAACACGUCGAAUUGAAGAAAUAGAAAUGCAGCGUCACAAUUUGGAGGCUCAAAUCAAAGCAAAGGCAACAGAUAUUAAGGAGACAUCUCAAAAAUGCAAACAGAAGCAAGAUGUUAUAGAAAGGAAAGAUAAGCAUAUUGAGGAACUUCAGCAGGCUUUAACAGUAAAACAAAAUGCAGAGCUUGACCGACAAAGGAGAAUAAGUAAUACCCGAAAAAUGAUAGAAGAUUUGCAAAAUGAACUGAGGACCACAGAAAACUGUGUGAAUCUUCAACCCCAAAUCGAUGACAUUACAAAUGAUCUGAGACGAGUUCAAGAUGAAAAGGAAUCAUGUGAAAGCGAGAUAAUUGAUAAGCUUAAAGAAAGGGAAACUCUAGAGAAGGAGAAAAAGAGUGUAAAUGAUCAAAUUGUACAAUUUGACAAUCUUUUGAAUCAAAAGGAAGAUAAGCUGAGACAGAGAUAUCGUGAUACAUAUGAUGCUGUUUUAUGGCUGAGAAAUAACAGAGACAAAUUUAAGCAAGGAGUCUAUGAGCCCAUAAUGCUCAUGAUCAAUAUGAAAGAUAAUAAAAAUGCCAAAUAUAUUGAAAACCAUAUUCCAUCAAAUGACUUGAGAGCCUUUGUAUUUGAGAGUCAAGAAGAUAUGGAGAUUUUCCUCAAAGAGGUUCGUGACAAUAAGAAAUUAAGAGUGAAUGCUGUUAUUGCUCCCAGGAAUUCAUAUGCAGACAGAGCACCUUCAAGAUCUCUAAAUGAACUAAAACAAUAUGGAUUUUUCUCUUACUUACGAGAGUUAUUUGAUGCACCUGCUCCUGUCAUGAGUUACCUUUGCAGCCAAUAUCAUAUUCAUGAAGUUCCUGUAGGAACUGAAAGAACCAGAGAAAGAAUUGAACGGGUAAUACAAGAAACCCGAUUAAAACAAAUGUAUACAGCAGAAGAAAAGUAUGUGGUGAAAACUUCUUUUUAUUCAAAUAAAGUUAUUUCUAGUAACACAUCCCUAAAAGUAGCCCAGUUUCUCACAGUCACUGUGGAUCUAGAGCAAAGAAGACACCUAGAAGAACAUCUAAAGGAAAUUAAUAGAAAAUUGCAAGCAGUGGAAUCAGGGUUGAUUGCUUUGCGUGAGAAGAGCAAACAUCUAGAGCACAAAGAUAAUGAACUCAGACAACGAAAGAAGGAGCUUCUUGAAAGAAAAAACAAGAAAAGACAACUGGAACAAAAAAUUAGUUCCAAACUAGGAAGUUUAAAGCUGAUGGAGCAGGAUACUUGCAAUCUUGAAGAGGAAGAGCGAAAAGCAAAUACCAAAAUCAAAGAAAUAAAUGUUCAAAAAGCAAAACUUGUUACCGAGUUAACAAACCUAAUAAAGAUUUGCACUUCUUUGCAUAUACAAAAAGUAGAUUUAGUUCUUCAAAAUACUACAGUGAUCUCCGAGAAGAACAAAUUAGAAUCAGAUUAUAUGGCUGCAUCAUCACAACUACGUGUCAAAGAGCAACAUUUCAUUGAGUUGGAUGAAAAUAGACAGCGAUUAUUGCAGAAGUGUAAGGAACUUAUGAGGAGAGCUAGGCAAGUAUGUAACCUGGGUGCAGAGCAGACGGUUCCUCAAGAAUAUCAAACAGCUUUCCAAGACCUUCCAAACACACUGGAUGAAAUUGAUGCUUUAUUAACCGAAGAAAGAUCAAGAGCUUCUUGCUUCACAGGACUGAAUCCUACAGUUGUUGAGGAAUACACAAAAAGAGAAGAAGAAAUUGAGCAAUUAACUGAGGAACUAAAGAUAAAGAAAGUUGAAUUGGAUAAAUAUAGGGAAAGCAUUUCACAGGUAAAAGAAAGGUGGCUUAAUCCUUUAAAAGAGCUGGUAGAAAAAAUUAAUGAAAAAUUCAGCAAUUUUUUUAGUUCCAUGCAGUGUGCUGGUGAAGUUGAUCUCCAUAUAGAAAAUGAGGAAGAUUAUGAUAAAUAUGGAAUUCGAAUUAGAGUCAAAUUUCGAAGUAGUACUCAACUGCAUGAAUUAACUCCUCAUCAUCAAAGUGGAGGUGAAAGAAGCGUUUCUACCAUGUUAUACUUGAUGGCACUUCAGGAACUUAAUAGAUGUCCAUUCCGAGUAGUUGAUGAAAUCAAUCAGGGAAUGGACCCAAUCAAUGAACGCAGAGUGUUUGAAAUGGUUGUAAAUACUGCUUGUAAAGAAAACACUUCUCAGUACUUCUUUAUUACGCCAAAGCUCCUACAAAAUCUCCCUUAUUCUGAAAAGAUGACAGUAUUGUUUGUCUACAAUGGUCCUCAUAUGCUGGAACCAAACAGAUGGAAUUUAAAGGCUUUUCAAAGACGGCGGCGCCGUAUAACAUUCACUCAACCUUCUCAAUAA